GACUUUCGAUCGGACAGUUACGUAACGAAUGAAAUUGAAACGUUAGAAUAUGAUUAGACUGCCGCACAUCAUAAAUAUUUAAAAUAAAGAAGUUAUUAGAAAAAGAUCUUGAAAAAUUGUGUAUCCAAAAUGUUGCAGAGGUUUGGAAUUAGAAUUGCAUUUAUGACUAGAAGCUUGAAGGACUCUGUACUUCAAAAAGAUUCAACAAGAAGAUACCUUGUUACUCAGCUUGAAACAACAGCUUCCAGAUUAUCAUCAGAGCCUUCUGUGAGUAAUAUGGAGGAACUGAAGAAGGCAACACGGGAGGGAAGGGUUGAUCUUGAAUAUAGGCCUCUCUACUUAGAUGCCCAAGCUACGACACCUCUGGAUCCAAGGGUCUUGGAUGCUCUGAUGCCAUAUUUGAUCUCUCUGUAUGGUAAUCCUCAUUCUCGGACACACGCCUAUGGUUGGGAAAGUGAAGCGGCCACAGAGACUGCAAGAAAGCAAGUAGCAAAUAUUAUUGGUGCUGAUCCAAAGGAAAUCGUCUUCACAAGUGGUGCUACAGAAUCUAAUAAUAUCGCUGUAAAGGGAGUUGCACGUUUCUAUAGAGAAAAGAAGAGGCAUUUAAUUACAACACAGACAGAACAUAAGUGUGUUUUGGAUUCAUGCAGAGCCCUAGAAAAUGAAGGAUUUGAUAUUACCUAUUUGCCUAUCCAGAAAUCAGGCCUUAUAAACCUAAAGGAUUUAGAAGCUGCCAUAAGACCAGAUACGGUUUUAGUUUCAAUUAUGACAGUUAAUAAUGAAAUAGGAAUUAAACAGCCAAUUUCUGAAAUAGGAAGAAUUUGCCGAGCGAAGAAGGUAUUCUUCCAUACAGAUGCAGCUCAGGCAGUUGGCAAGAUUCCUCUUGAUGUCAAUGAAAUGAACAUUGAUUUAAUGUCAAUCAGUGGACAUAAGAUAUAUGGACCAAAAGGUAUUGGAGCACUUUACAUUCGUCGUAGACCACGUGUACGCGUUGAGCCACUGCAGAGCGGUGGUGGGCAGGAACGAGGAAUGCGCAGUGGAACAGUACCAACUCCUCUGGUAGUUGGGCUUGGUGCUGCCUGUCAUGUAGCUCACAAGGAAAUGAGUUACGACCAUGCAAGACUAGAACACAUUUCAAGGAGACUAGUGGAUAAAAUAAUGGCCGAGCUGCCUGAUGUCAUAAGGAAUGGUGACCCUGAACACAGUUAUCCAGGUUGCGUGAAUCUGUCAUUUGCCUAUGUGGAAGGAGAGAGUCUACUUAUGGCAUUGAAAGAUGUUGCAUUAUCUUCAGGAAGUGCUUGCACGUCAGCUUCUUUGGAGCCGUCAUAUGUAUUAAGAGCUAUUGGAGCAGAUGAAGAUCUGGCACAUUCAUCCAUCAGAUUUGGUUUUGGAAGAUAUACAACUGAAGAAGAAGUAGAUUACACUGCUGAGAAAUGUAUUCAACAUGUUAAGAGGCUCCGAGAAAUGAGCCCACUCUGGGAGAUGAUCCAAGAAGGCAUAGAUAUAAAAAGUAUCCAGUGGACACAACACUAAGGUGAAAAAAAAAAAACGGGAUACAAGUAACCAUGACAGUCAACAUUGUUUCUUAUCUAGUUGCGUUAUUGAUAAUCAGGAGUGAGAUAUUUGUAAAUUGCUAUUGUAGAUAUGCAAAAGAUAUCGAGUUCUGCUGUAACCUUAUUAUCUCUUAAUGUACAAGAUGUAGUCGUGUGAAUAAAAGUUUCUCCAAGUUU